AUGGCUUCCCCGCCCAAAGAACCACAGCCACAGCGACCAGACACUCGCACUCUGAUCAGAUCCCCAGACCGCAUUCAUCGCUGGAUGGCGGGUACCGGCGAGUUCAAUAAUCAACCCAUUUCACCAUCCAACAAUGUGCCCGAUAGUCCACCUUCUGGAAUUCAAUAUGCCCUGGACGACGGAGUAUAUUUAAGAAGCCCUUCAAUUGGCUCUGUUACUGGAGUCCCACAUGACGUGUUACAAGAAGGUGCGCAGCCUGGUGCAGGUUUCACUGGAAAUAAUCAGCAACCAAACCAAGAAAAUUCGAAUGCCAUGCUAGGUCAACUAGCCAGCUAUUACAACAUGCUUAGUCAAAAUCGGCAGCGUAACGAGCAUCUUCUCCACAACAUCUACGAGUUAACACCAUUUCCAAACUCGGGAGAUCAUGCACGUCAAGGUGUUCAUAAUGGAAACCAUCGUGUAGAAGAUCCAUCCAACUCGAGAGAUAAUGCAUACCAAGAUAUUCAAAAUGCAAAUCAUCAACAACCAAACCAAGAAAAUUCGAUUGCCCCGCCAAAUCAAAUGGUGGCUAGUCACCACAGCUUUCUUGCUCAACGUCAAAAUCGUGAGUUGCUUCUCCGAAACUUCCGCAACAUCCGCGACUUUUCGCUGUUUCCAAACUCGGGAGAUAAUGCACACCAAGGUUAUGGAAAUAAUCGUCUAGAAUACCCAUCCAAUUUUGGAAAUAAUGCGCAUCAAGGUUAUGGAAAUAAUCGUCUAGAAUACCCAUCCAACUUUGGAAAUAAUGCGCGCCAAGGUUACGGAAACAAUCUUCUAGAAUACCCAUCCGACUUGGGAAAUAAUGGACACCAAGGUUACGGAAAUAAUGAUGUAGAACAUCCAUCCAACUUGGGAGAUAAUGCAGACCAAGGCAUUCAUAAUGGGAAUAAUCGUGUAGAACAUCCAUCCAACUCGAGCGCAUUUCAAAAUUGUAAGAUGAUUACCUCUUCUCCAUCUUCAGAGCUUUCUAAUGAUGAUGCAACAGUGAACAACUAUUUAGUCAACACGAUGUUGAUGAAUAACUUUUCCUCCCCAGCCAAUGAAGCGGGUGUGGCUACAUCUAUGAUGAAUAGAGUAAAUCACUAUUACUCCCAACAGUAUCACGGCGGUUCACAACCCCAGGGUCAGAGAGUUCAUCAACGGGGUAUGACUACAGGUAUGAUGAAUCCAAUGAAUAACUAUCAAGGAGGUAUCAUUGGUCAAGCUUCGGAGAACACCCCAGUUCCUACACACCAUACCAAUCACGGCAAUAACAUUUCCUGGAAUAUUCCCCAGUAUCAGGCCGUCCAACGUAACGACUAUAUGCUAUACAAUAAUAUGGCUUCGACACAACAAGCCAUUCAAAGCUCCGGAAGCCGCAUGCCAACCAAUCUUCCUUAUACGAAUCCUAUAAACGCCAUCCUAGAGCGAGACAAUUCUCGCCCUAACGCAGAAUAUCAUGAAAUGUAUGAUGAUGAUGAUGAAGAUGAAGAUGAUGGAGAUGGCUCUUUCACAACACCUUCCCAUCCUCUCACUACACCUUCCGAAGUGGCGUUCAAUCAAUAUACAGACCGAGUUACGCAAAGCCCUGUACCUCAUACACCUUCUGGUUAUGCUAGUGAUCAGAGAGCUCCAGGGCCAGUAGGCACAGGCUUGGGUGUCCCUAAUGUUCCAGGUAAUAUGCUACCAAGCCAGUAUACAUACAGCAACGAACAAGGCUUGGGUGUUCCUAAUGUUCCAGGUAAUAUGCUACCAAAUCAGCAUGCAUACAGCAAUGAACAAGGCUUGGGUGUUCCUAAUGUUCCAGGUAAUAUGCUACCAAACCAGCAUACAUACAGCAACGAUCAAGGCUUGGAUGUCCCUAAUGUUCCAGAAGACAUACCAUCAAAUCAGCAUAUAGUCCACAACGAACAAGGCUCGAAUGUUCCUAUUGUUCCUGGUGAUAUGCCACCAUACGAGCAUAUAGUCCACAGCGAACAAGACUUACAUGCCGCUAAUGUUCUGAGCAAUAUGCCACAAAACGAGCACACAGUCCGCAACGAACAAGGCGAUAUGCCUGCUUCAGAUGGCGAUCAGAUGGAUACUUCAGAGGAUCGAAUCCUGUCUUAUGCUGCUCAACCAUUCAACGCAAUCAAUUCUGGCCCUUUCUCCCCACAAGAUACUAGUUCUAGACAACUACUCCAGUUUGAUAGCAACCCGACGGCUACCUCGAAUGUUGAAGAAACGGGAGCAGCCCUCGACUCCGAAGAAGCCGAUACUCGAUCCGCUAUGGAUUUCUCACCAACUAUACCAGGUACAUUGGCAUCCAACGCUCAUCAACUACAGAUGGAAACUCCUCAGGCUUCCACUCCGCUCAAACAUCCCGCCAUGAAUCAGAAAUCUGAUACUCGAAAGGAUUCUUCGCAGUCCGCAAACCGAGUAAACAAGUCUAUUCGUCGUAGAAAGCCAGCGAAGACGCAGAAAUUACUGUCUGCAAUCGCCAACAGCGCUUCUCAAUUGUUGGAGGAGUCGGCAUCUCAAGAUGUUGAAGCACAGAAUGAUCCAAAGAACUCUGCAUCUCAAGAUGUUGAGGCGGGGGAUGAAUCAGAUACCAGUGUUGAAUCAGUAGAUUAA